AUGCCAUCUGCAACGCCAGCGUCGGCGGCACUGGCACCAGACAUAGACUCAUUUCGGUACCUAAACCCAAACAAGGAUAGAAGAGUAGCUAUAAUAACUGGAGGUAACAGUGGUAUUGGGUUCUUUACAGUUUUACACUUGUACUUACAUGGUUAUAUCAUAUAUAUUGCUGGAAGAACCAAAUUCCAAUUUUCCAAACUAGGUAAGGAAUUGCAUCUCAAAGCAAUGCAGAUAAGGCAGCAAUAUCAGCCUCAAGAAUUGUUGCAAGAACGGUAUUUGGGUGAAUUGAAUUAUCUUGAAUUAGAUAUGACCAAUUUACAGUCUAUUAUCCGAGCAGUUGAAAGCUUCAAGUAUCGAGAAGAUUACUUACAUUUGCUUAUAAACAAUGCAGAAGUAAUAGCAUUACCUUAUACUCUAACUCAGGAUAAUUUUGAUAUUCAAUUGCAAACAGAUUUCAUAGCGCCAUUUUUAUUGACUAUGAAACUAUUGCCCAUCUUGGAAAGAACAAGUGACGAGUUCCCCGAUAUUGAGAAUCCAAGAGUCAUUUAUCUUAGUUCAACCGGGCAUCGAUUUGCAAUAAAGAGUUUUAACUUGUCAUCUCCAAUGAAUUAUAGACUAGACUUUAUAUUCACUUGGCUCCGAUAUGGAAUUGCCAAAACAGCUGGCAUUCAUUUCAUGAAGAUGUUAUCUUUAAGAAACCCAAAAAUAUUGUUUCUUUGUAUACACCCUGGAUUUGCAAUGAAUACAGAUUUAUUCACAUUCUGGACGAGUUUACCCAUAAUAGGGGUAUUAUUUUGGUGUUUUUUCAAAACAUUUGCUUGGUUCCUUGGUAUUACUUCAGAGCAAGGUGCAACUAAGGUUUUGAGAACUUCAUUAAAUCCAAAUCUAACAGUUGAGGAGAAUAAUGGUAAGUAUUAUGACUCACAGGGGAGAGAAGCCCAGCCUUCGAGGGUUGCUAGUAAUAUGGAUUAUGCAGCAAGGACUUGGAUUUGGACAAUACGCGAGCUCAAUGAAAGAGGUAUCAAGUUGCACGAGGUGUAG